AUGGCCCAAAGCACGCUGGACGACUGGACGAAAGAUCCCGUGGAUCCUGAGAUCCGCGCUCACGUGUACAGUCUCAUCACUGCUCUCGGUGGUAUUGGCGAUGAUGGCACCUAUUCCCUUGGAGACGACGCACUCGUCUGUCUCAAGGACUUGCGCAAAUGGCUGAAAUUCGCUGACGGGCAGUUGAACCGCCGUGAUGUGGCACGAUGCAUGGCUGAGGCGAACCUGGUGAAGGGAGACCUGCUGGAGAUUCUGGCAAAGGUGUCGCCCAGGGUACUCGAGCAGUCAUUGAAGCAUAAGCUGGCAGUUGCUACUCUCGAAUUGCUCGUGCCCUUAACUUGGCCGUUCGAGAUCGACCCUAUCGAAGCGACCGUAAACCACCACCGCCAUGGCCCGUACGUACAACUCGCUCAGAUCGGCUACAAGCGCGCCAUUCUGCAAUUCGACCGAGACCGUACCCUUCAGACCGCCGUGAAGGUCGCCCUUCCUUCUAUGGCAAUACCUCUACGCGAGAGGUCACCGCGAGACGAAGGCAUCAUCCGCAUCGCCUUGUACUUCAUACGCAACAUAGCCAUGCUUUCGCCGCCGAGCAGUGUGCCUAUGGACAUCGAUGAAGCGGAGGUGUCUCGGUCAACAACAAUCGACACCUUCCAGGAGCAGGACAUCUUCCAAGUUCUUCUCAGCAUGUCCUCAAGCAUUGGAGAAGACUUCGUCGCUCAAGACGUAGUAUUGCUAGAGAUCCUGUUUUUCCUGCUAAAGGGUAUUGAUGCAGAGAAGUUAUUCCUGGAAGACAAGAAGUUGAGCAGCAAGAAUGCAAAUGAGCUCAAGGAGUUGAUGCAGAAAGAGAAGGCAAUGCUUGCAGGAUACGCCCGCAACGCACCUACACGUCACAAUCGCUUUGGAACAAUGAUUUGGCUGAAACAAGAAGACGAAAAGGUCACAACUAUUUCAGGACAAGACGUGCUUGGAAAGUCCCAAGCUGCGCUGGAUAAGAUGGACCAGACCAAGAAAUGGAACAAGCCGAGGCAGUCACGGCGCAAGACAGACUUAGAACAAGAACGAGAAGACUUCGAUCUACCAGUCGCGUUGUCUACAUCUGCACGAGGGCAUAUCAAGGCCUUUGUUGAAGAGUUCCUGGAUUCGUCCUUCAAUCCUCUAUUCCAGCACCUUAGGAAGGCCAUUGAACGCGAAGCUGAACGUGUGGAGACUCGACACUCGCGACAGUUUUUCUAUCUUGUCUCGUGGUUCUUACGAGCGGAGUGCGCGAGACGUCGAACCAUCAAGGAGAAAGCUGCCGACCCGAAGAGUCCCGAGGUUCUCACCGCAGAGGAUGAGAGCUAUGGCUUGAUCGCAGAAGUCAUGAAUCAAGAGACUUUUAUUCUGCUAAAUCGCUUCAUGCAAAAGAGCCAAGAUGAGAAGGCAUGGCAGGACCUGAAUGCUGGCAUGAAGUGCUUUACUCAGAUUCUGCUUACCGUACACGAGAUGGCAGAGUCUAGACUGGAAGACGAUCAAGAGAUCGCCGAGAAUAUCCAGAAUCGUAUCUUCUACGAAGAGUCUACCCAUGAUCGUGUCGUCAUGAUCCUACGAUCGUACAAAGAUCAGGGUUUUGGCUACCUCGAUGCUGUCACAGAGCUGUCCCACGUCUUCUUGCGCAUGCUAGAGCGCUACGCUAAGCAGAACGUGGAUAUGCAGAUCAAGUCCAAGCGUCGUGCUCGCAAGAUCAAGAAGAAGCAGGCGCAGGCAGAUGGGGCUGAGGGUGAAGACGAAGGGCACGUCUCUGAGAACGAAGACCUGCAGCAAGCACAGAAGACAGUCACUGAGCGUAAGUUCGACUUCAACCGCUUCGCUUUCAAGUUCGUGAAUCAGAGUAGCGUCAACACCUUUGUCGCCUUUACUCGGUUCUUCAACGAUCUGGAACCCGAACAAUUGAAGCGCGCACAUCGCUUUUUCCAUCGUGUCGCAUACAAGAUGGAGCUUGGAGUCUUACUUUGUCGAGUCGACAUCAUCCAUCUCUUCAACAAGAUGAUGAAAGGUCCGCGCGGCCUGGAUUCAGAGUCUCCAGCCUUCAAAGAGUGGGACAAUUUUGUCAGGCACUUCUUCAGACAGGUCGUCAAGCGGGUGCAAGAGCGGCCAGAGCUGAUCGUCGAAAUGCUGUUCAGCAAGAUCCCUCAGACCCUCUACUUCCUCGAGCAUGGUCAUGACCGGGAAGUCUUCAAGCGUGCACCGCGCGCACCAGCUGAGCUGGAGGUCAAACCCGGAAUGGAGAAGCCUGAUCAGGUUGGUGUUGCCGUUGGUGUCCUAGUCAACCAGCAAAAGUCGGAUGCCCUACAUUGGGUUCGAGAUGUGCUCGUGUCGGCUGUUGAGGAGCGCAAAGCAUGGGAAGAUGCGGAACAGGCCCGCAAGGAGCUGGCAGCAGCUGAGCAUCCUGACGGCGAGGCAGUACCCGAAAGUGCUGACGCUGAAGCACCUUCCUCACCUUCAAUUCUUGUCAAGUAUGACACUGAAGAACGCAAGGUCUCCAUGUUCAGAGAUAACAAACUCCGCCUCUUCAUGACCCUGGUGGGCUUCAUGAGGCUAGGCGCGAAUGAUGAUCCUGACGCUUCGUGGGUGAUUCCAUCGUCAUUGACAUCAGCCGAGCUUCAAGAAGCUGUCGAUCUUAUUCGCAAGUUCGAGUUUGAUCCACCCAUCUACGAAGAUGGCAAAGGACCAGAAGACCUUCUCCGUAGCAAGACAGCUGCAGCUCGUCGGUCGACACGGCGUGCGGAGUUCGACGACGACUCUGAUGGCGUCGAUCGUGACUCCGAGGAAGACCGUGGGGAGUACGCUGUGGAUGAUGAUACAAGCAGAAAGCCCGAUGGCGAAAGGAAGAAGCUCAAGCGGCGCAGGCGAGCCCACAUGCCUGUCGAAUUGGAUGACGAGGAGCGUGAGGCUAGAGCAGAAGCGCGACGCAAGAAAGAGAUCGAGAAGCAGGCAAAGACGAAGAGUACGAUGUUCGUACAUGACUCGGAUGAUGAAGAGUGGGACGCAGACAAAGAUGCAGCUUUCUUUGCACGUGAGCAAGCGCUGCGCGAAGAGACUAUGCAUCAAUUCAAGAGGUCGCUUGUGCUCGGCACUGUCGAGCCGGCGGUGUCAAAGGAGGAAUUGCCGAAGAAGAGAAAGGCUGAGGACACAACCAAGAAGAGCAAGAGGCGGAAAUCUCCAGCAAAGCGCAAAAUCGGUCCUUUCGACGACAGCGACGAGGACGAAAACAUGGAUGAUGCUGCUAGCGUCAGCAGUCGUGCGCCAUCCGCAGAAGUUGCUGAUGAGAGCGAGGAUGAGACCACAGACACGCCGCUAUCUUCACAGCAUGCUGGUAGCAAGGACGACACACCAAAAGCACUGACAGUGGCGACCACAACUAAGACCCAAGAUGCCAUUAUGGUGGACGACGAUGACGAUGACGACGUACCCGUUGUUCGCAGGCCGGCAGCAAGAAACCUAAGAGCCGGCUUCAUCAUCGACAGUGACUCAGAAUGA